AUGAUGGACUUAGAAAAGACAAAGAGAGGUCUGCUUGCACAUUUUUAUAACAGGCCUGAAACCCCAAAUAUCUCUCAAUCUAAAUUCUUUAACAAAGAUUAUGCCAAUGAAUUAGAUAACUUCACGAAUAAUUAGUCUAUUAGUGAUUUGAACUUUGUAAAUAUACCAUUUGGAAGAUCUGAUUUUUCUCAAACUUCAAAAUCAGGAAUCGGCUUGGGAGCAAGUGGAACGCAACCUUAACUGCUCAAACUGAAUGAAUAAUCAAGUAAGAAGAUCAAUCUUAAGGAAAUGAAGAACAUGUACUUGAGGAAUUUGAGGCCAAAGAGCAGUAUGAAUUAAACUGGUGUCAUUUCUAGUAGCUCUAAUGCACUUAAUGCCACAGGAUUGCUCAGCUAGAAUGCCUUGAAUUAGUCAAGUUCUGUUCUAGGUGGUUUAGGUACACCGGAAUCAUCUAAAAACUCAAAGAUGCAAAAGAAGCUAAGGCAAAGCUCAUAUUCUGCUCUAAACUUUUCAGCAAAAACUAGGGAAAAAUAAGCCAAUUAGCUAAACAGAUCUGUAAACAAUUCUGUCAAUCUACACAAUUAUACGAAUCAACAAGCCUUAUCAACCAACUAGGAUUUUAACACUAACAGCAAUUAAAAUAACAAUAGUAGCAGCAAUUAGAACACAACAACUUAAAUCUUGCAUUAAUAGGUGCAGCUUAAUCAAUCUCAGAGAAAUCGAGCUUCAAGAAAAAACAGCCCUUAAAAAAUAUACGAGAAGUUUCAAAAGAAAUUAGAAAAAAUGAAUGAGGCAAUCAAGAAUCAAAGGCUUUUAAAUCAGUAAUUGGCUUAGCAGAUUUCAACUAGCUAGGAAAGACUUCCUGAGCUAAGCAUGACUUAGUAUCUUGACUAAAAAAUAUUCAAUGAGAGACCAAGAAAAUCAAAGUCUCCUUAGAAAUCUACUAAAUAGAUAGAAAAUGUUAAGGAUAAGUUUAAGCUAUCAUAAAGUGCUCUGAUGUCUCCUAAUACAAGUUAAAGGAAGAUAAUUUCACAAAAGAGUACUAUUCCAACAUCACUUGAUACAUAGUAUAACAAUGAAAAGUUAAUCAGCAAUAUCAGGCUAUUAAGAAGAUAAAUGAAUCAAACAAGUCUAAUUAAUGACUAAUCUAAAUCAAAGAAUGAACUCAUAAACGAAAUCAUCAAUAUCACACUUCCAAAAAGUAUAAAGUAGGCUCCAGUAUCUCAAAAUCAAUCUAGGGAAAGAGCUAAUUCUAAUUCUAUAAGCAAUACUUCUAAACUCUACCCGUCUUAAAAUAAUUAAAUGAACUCAACUCAUUAAUUCAAAAAGUUCAAAAUACAGAGCAAAAGAACAAGUCUCUAAGAAUCAAUUAUGACUCAUUAGAGUUGUUCUUAGCAUAAUCAUCAUAGAAGAAGGAAGAGCAGGUUCAAUUACAAGUUCGAUGAAAACACUUUCGAAGGCCAUAGACUUGAUGAGUUUUGCUUCAAGCAAUAGAAACUGCUUGAGUACUUGAGUAUUAAAUCAACAAUGCUAGAUCUUAAGAUGAGAUGGCUUGAAGCAGAAAAUUUAGUCCUUAGUAGUUACGAGGUAGCAAAUGCCAUGCUUAACUACAAGUACCAGAACAGAAGAAGACUACACUUCUCAAACAUCUAGGAUCAGCAAAAAAUGACCAAAUUUUUUAAACUUAGUUAUUGGAAAAAAGCUGAAAAAGGAUAAUUUAUGAAUGAGGAAAAAGAUUGCUUAAGGAGGCAUCAGAGAGAGUUAUUUUUGGAGUAGAAGCAGGAGAUGUCGACAUAAAUCAUAUUUGAAGGCAUUAAAGGUCUUACCAAGCCAAUUAGAGUCGAUGAAUACUUUUAUAGAUAACAGAAUCAGAAUCAGUUAUUCAAGAGAGCUUUUUAGAGGAACGUCGUUAAGCAAUUUGUCUUUACAGAUGUGAAGAGGGUCAGAGAUAUAACAUUGCUGAAAUCUGAUAAAUCCUCAAUCAUCUAAAAUAUAAUACGCGAAAGAUAGUUGACAAACAAACCUUUCAAUGAAAAGUUCUACUUGAAUUACUUUAUUGUAGAGGAGGAAUAUUUCAAAAAGUUAGAGAAAUAAUACUAAAUCGCAACUGCGAUUCCCUUUUAGUUUAAAAAACAUAUAGUCAAAAUGAAGCAAAACAAUGACUUUGAUCAGUUCGAACUUCAAUGUAAAAUACCAUGUAUAUCAAUUAAAAAAAUCAAAGCUCAAUUCGAGCAUAGCUAUGGAGUAAAGUACUUUGACAAUUUUGAAAUCCUAAUUUAACCAAAGAAGAAGAAGCUUUCUCAAGAUCAUUUCAAGACAGUUCAAGUCAAGCACAUUAAUCUGAAUAUAAAGAAAUCAAUAUCGUAAAAUGAUGAUGAGAAAAGUAGUGGUAGAAGAGAGGACAUCAUUGAACAGCAUUAAUUAUUAAAGAGUCCAACCUUUCUUGGUAUUUAUGAAAAAAACUAAUCAGCAAAUAAGCAUGCUGAUUUAAUUUAAGCGAAAUAGUCUCCUAGGCUAAGUGUUUAUUACAAUAAUAAAGAGAUGCUUCAAACAAUAAACUCCAAUGGAGAAUUGACUGACGAGGCUAUGAAUAAUUUAUGCGAGCUUAAGCUUGAAUACAAAACUCCAUUUCAAAUUCUCAAGGACAUAAUAGACACUAGGUAUGCAGAUACUUAAGAUGCUUAAAUAGGAAGCUAGGCACAGUACUAUUUUAGAAGAAUUUAUAACAAGAUUUAUCCAGACUAUAAGCAUUUUAUUGACCAGUAUAUCUUCAAUGGGGAAAUUUAAUACGAUAUUAUAUGCGAUUACCUGCUUGAUAGCCAUAUGGAAAAGGAUCGAUAAUUCAAGUUGUUAGAAGCUAAUCGAAUUAAUGACAUUAAUUCUAUAUUCAGAGGCAGAAGAAAUCAUAUUUAGAGCUCAUUCUCCUAGCUGUAAAAGUUUAUCUACAUGCCCUAGUACAUCUAUGUCUAGGAAAUGAUGCUGAAGGAGAACUAUAUCAAGCAGAUAUUCAAGAGAUAUAGACAACUAGUUCGAAAAACAAGAACUAGGAGAAUAGGAAAAGCAGUAUAACGACAAGAUAAAGCCUAGAAAAUAAUUAUACCUGAUGAAAUUGAAAUAGAUAAAUAGUACGAGCGGUUAAUAUUCUUCGAAGAACCCACUAAGUAUGAUGUGAUUGGUGAAAAUAGCUAGAUUGUAAGACUGGCAGAUGAGUUUCUGUAUAAACUAGUAUUCAAAAACAACGACGAUGACUUUAUUGGCUACGAGUUCUUUAGAAUGCAGCACAAAAAUAUGCUGAGAAAUAAGCUGCAAAGAGGAUUCAGGAAAAUGCUAUUCAUUCUAAUCCAUAAGUUUUUUGAACAGGAGAGUCACAUGGAAUAGCAAAAUGAAUAAUAUCUUUAAGAUGGAGAAAAGUCUCAUAGAAAUGGCUAAGACUUCAGAACUUUUCUAGGCCUUUAAAUCCGCAGAUUUCUCAUUAAGAAGCAAAGACUGGCUAUUAUCUGUUUUAAUGAAGUAAAGCAAUCGUCUUAUUAUCUGGAGGAGAAUUACUAGAGAAAGGGGUCUUUUGCUUGCAAGAUCAGGGACAUUAAUGAUAUUGAGGACUACUAGAUUGAAAAAAUGGAGGAAGAUAACCAAGAAAGAUAAAAAGCAUAAAAGGAAAGAGUUGAUUUGAAGCUUGAAUUUGAUUUACAAUAGAAAAGAUAGAAUUCAAUUGAUAAGAUUUUGUAUCAUCGCAGACUAAGAACUAAGUAAAAUCGAAGGGGUGGCUACUAUAUACAGCUAUCAUCAGGAGUGUAUGAUUCUGAUACAAGUUAGACAUCAAAGUAUGAUCCAAUAAUUAAGAAGGAAGUUUUGAAACUCAAAGAGAAAAUAGUUAAGGAAUACAGUUUCAGAAGAAAGGGUAAGAACUCUAUAGAAUUAGAGAGGGAAGCUUUUAAUAAUGAUUUCAGAUAUGAACUUCUGCUGAAUAGUCUGCAAACUGAGGAGAACGCUGAUGAUUUAGAUGAACAUUUGCUAAAGUAUGCUGAUAGCAAGCAGAAUGAGAGCAGUUUAUCCUCUGAGGAAAUGAGUAUAAGAUAGAGACAAAGAAAGUCUAUAUUGCUUUAGAGGAACAUAUUUGUGAUUGAUGAAAAGUCUGCUGAAAAAGCUAGCAAUGGAAAUUAAAACAGCCAUAAGAAUAAUAUACGUUAUAGAUAAGAAAACGGAAUAAACAUAGAGAUUUUAGAUCUGGAAGAUCAAAACAAAAUUGAUGAAUAUUCUCAGAGCUAGCAAUUAUCAGACUCUAUAUCAACUGAAAAGGUAUUGUCCUCAUGCUUUAAAUUAAUAUUUUAGUCAAAAUUAAGAUAAGUCAUUCGUGUCAGAAAGCAGUCAUCUAUGUUUGGGAAUUAGCCAAAGUAAUAGCGAAUGAACUCAAAUCUCUAUGAAAAAGAACUAGACAAUAAAAUUAUCUCUAUAGUCUCAAAUGACUCUCACAAUUCUCAUUUAGUUAUAAAACCUAAAAGCAAAUAGAUGUUUGAUAGUAUUUAGAGGAAUUAGGGCAAUCAGAUAGAAUUGAAAAUAAUGAGAAGUUUAAAGGAUUAAAAUUACAUCCUGGCUGAGCACUUGAUGAAAAAGCAUAAGUUCAAUCUUAACUUUAGAGACUCUAAGGGUAAUGAUUAUCUAAACUUGGCAGCCUAGCUAGGCUAGCCAGAUAUUAUCCGCUUGCUUUUGUCUAAAAAUGCAGAUGCUAAUACUAUAAACAAGCAGGGGAAUACUCCACUUCAUUAUGCAUUAAUCAAUCAAAAUACGGCUGUUGAAGAUUUAUUGUUGAAAAAUGGAGCGAAUACCUAGAUUAAAAAUAACGAAGGAAAAAAACCAUUUGAUUAUUGA